AUUAUGGAAGCGAUGCCCUACCAAUAGAGCAGGCUACUGCGAGGGCGCGAGGCGUCAAAUAUUACUGCCGCUGGGUGAUUCAAAAACGCGCAUGCUGGAGUGCUGCACUCACGCGCGUUGACAUGACACCCACGAUCUCAUUGUACAUUCCGCCACAGAAAUUCCGCACUCAGUGACUUUGGCUAUGGAUAAGAGCUAGCUUCAUGCCAACAUCUAUCAAAUCAGCAAUGAAACCUGGAUGCCUCCCUUGCCGGAUAAGGAAAAAAAAGUGUCCAAUGACGGAAAAAGACUCUGGUAGCUGCAGCACUUGCUUGCGUCUGGGAUUUCGCUGCGAAGGUUACGGCACCAGACUUCCUGGCUGGGCUAAGGUGCUCUAUUAUGCACUUAAACACCACGUGUUUUGACUGUUGAAAUCACAGAAUGAGCAAUGCGUUGGGCUUUACAAGAGCCGCCUACUGAACGAAAGGCUUUCUCGGUGUUCCGCUGGCGAACGUAAUAAGAAAUGGUUGACGGAUUGUGAGUCUGCCCUUCGGUCAAUGAUCCACAUUUAGUUUUUAACGCCCAUCGCAUGGCCCACC